AUGGCACCAAAGAACCCCUCAGCAGAUGAUCAGUUCUUGUUUUUGAUCAGCUGUGUCAAAAACUCAAAUAACGGCAAGCCUGAUUUUAGUCUCGUAGCCAAGGAACGUGGAAUAGUAUCCAGAGGGGCAGCUGCAAAGCGAUUCUCGAGGAUGAUGGCAGCCCACGGGAUAUCUGGGUCAUUGUCAGGCGGACAGACAUCCCCUAAGAAGGGACUCAAGUCUUCGCCGAUGACUGAAGACGAGGAGGAAGAAAAGAGCGAAGAGUCGCAAGGAGUGAUCAAAUUUCAAGAGGUCAAGGCUGAAGAACUCGCGAAUACAUCCAAGAAACGUAAACGUGGAGGACAGCAACAACAGGCCCCUCGCAAACGGGCGGGUAGGAAAGCUAAGCCGGCACCUCUCUUCGAAGAGAAUGAAGAGGAAGAAGAGGAAGAGGAAACUAGAGAGGAUGAAUAG